GGACAUUGUUCCAGCUAAUGAUUAAGAACUCUCCAGACAAUAGGGGCUUCUUAGACAAUGGGUGAAUUUCCAGGAUGUCCGGCCCCCUUCCGAGAAGGAGGGAGAUAACAAAAUGUAAAAAAGGUGUCUGUCAAAGACCAAUCAGGCAGCUGGGGACAAGUUCCCUCUCUGGUCCGAGCCUAAGCCGGGACCAAUCAGCAGGAGAACACAACCAAAUCUAUAAUUUACAUACGGGGAAGUGGGAACCUAUAAAACUGACAUAUUCGCGCCCAAAAGGUUUCCUUCUUCGACCUCCUGCGUGAGGACCAAGGAACCCCGGUGCACCGGCCUUCAAUAAACCUCUUGCGUUUUGCAUCGACUUCCGACUCUUGUUGUUUCCUGGGCGAGUCGAAACUCCUAGGAGACCGCGCAGGUCUAACAUUUGGGGGCUCGUCCGGGAUUCCACUCGCCCCGGACCACAAGAACAUCGGGAGUUGGAGGUACCAGGUAAGCUCGAGCUUGAUUGUCUGUUUGUCCCUUGUUCUUUGUGGGCCAUUAUCGGAGGAAAGCCGUAAGAAUCGGCUUAUUAUGGAAUCUGUAUCGGACCUCUGGCUAGGCAGACGUGCUAAUAGCCGGCGUCCAUGAGCCCUAGGGGACGCCCUGGUGGCUCAUCUGGAAGGAGAGGCAAACUCUGUCUCCCCUUCACUCGGUUUCGGCAGUUCCCUUGGUGAUAACUGCCAUCUGAAGAAGUUUCGGUUUUGAAGCGAGCUCGCGGUGGCCCAUACGUAUAUGUGUUUCGUGGAGUUUUAACUGUUUCUGUAUUGUGGUCUAUUCUUCUUCUCUGACGGACGACAAUGGGACAAACUAUGACGACUCCUCUUUCCCUUACCCUAAGCUAUUGGACCGAAGUUCGGGCCAGAGCCCAUAAUUUUUCGGUAGAGGUAAAGAAAGGAAAGUGGCAGACUUUGUGUGCCUCUAAAUGGCCAACAUUUCAGAUAGGAUGGCCCCCCGAAGGAUCCUUUUUCUUAGACAAGAUUAAGCUGCUGAAGUCUAAGAUAUUUAAUAUAGAUCCCCACGGACAUCCAGACCAAGUACCAUAUGUCUUGGUCUGGGAAGAUUUAAUUCUCUCCCCACCUCCGUGGGUCCGGCCCUUUGUUUCCUCAACAGGUACGUCCGCGCAUACAUCAGCAGCGUCGGAAAUAUUAGCCUUAAAGAAAAACCCCAACACGGAGAAGCUACCCGACGCCCCGGAUCUACCGAAGGCGAUUUAUCCUGACCCGCAGUCCGAUUUGCUUCUUUUGGAUUCCCCACCCCCUUAUCCUCUGGCCCCGAAUCCCCUACCCCCUAGAGGACCCCCAGCUCCACUGCCCUCGGCACCAAGGGAACCAUCCAUGAUGGAAGAAGAAAGGGGUCCCUCAGUGGGCACUAGGAGCCGGAGGGCUAUCUCCCCGGACUCCACUGCCCUACCUCUUAGAGAAUAUGGCCCCCCCGAUGGCCAAGGGAAUAGACCUCUCCAAUAUUGGCCCUUUUCCUCUGCAGAUCUUUAUAAUUGGAAAAUGCAUAACCCAACUUUCUCCGAAAAUCCACAGGCCCUUACCGCUUUAAUAGAAUCUCUUGUUUUCUCCCACCAGCCCACCUGGGAUGAUUGUCAGCAGCUGCUCCAGACUCUCCUAACGACUGAGGAGAGGCAACGGGUUCUUUUAGAAGCCAGAAAAAAUGUAUUAGGCGCCAAUGGGCAACCUACCCAGCUGCCUAACGAGAUUGAUGCUGGUUUCCCACUCGUCAGGCCAAACUGGGAUUUCAAUGCCCCGGAAGGUAGGGAGCGCCUGAAAAUGUAUCGCCAGGCUCUGGUGGCGGGUCUCCAUGGAGCGGCCAGACGGCCCACUAAUUUGGCUAAGGUAAGGGAAGUAACUCAGGGGCCCCAGGAAUCGCCAACUGUGUUCCUGGAACGUUUAAUGGAAGCCUUUAGACGCUUUACCCCUUAUGAUCCAACUUCGGAGGGACAUAGGGCUACUAUAGCAAUGGCUUUCAUAGAUCAAGUGGCCCCUGAUAUUAAGAAGAAAUUACAGAGGCUAGAUGGCUUGCAGGGAUUUUCGCUUCAGGAGUUAGUAAAAGAGGCAGAUAAAGUAUAUAACAAAAGAGAAACAGAGGAAGAGAAGGAAGAAAGAAAGCAGAAAGAGCAGGAAGCCCGUGAAAUAAGACGGGAUAAGAGACAGGAGAGGAAUUUAAGUAAGAUACUGGCCACUGUGGUUGGAGGAAGAAAUAUAGGGGUUAGAAAUAGGCAGGAAGGGCGAACGGCAGACAGAAGGCGGCCAUUAGACAAGGACCAAUGUGCCUACUGUAAAGAAAAAGGACAUUGGGCGAGAGAAUGCCCUAAGAAAAAGAAUGGAGGAAGGCCAACCAAAAACAAAAUCUUAACAUUGAAAGAAGAAGACUAGGAAAGUCAGGGCUCGAACCCUCUCCCCGAGCCCCGGGUAACUCUUAAAGUGGAGGGGGAACCUGUUCAAUUUUUGGUAGAUACCGGAGCCCAGCACUCCGUCCUUCUCCACUCAAAAGGUCCUAUCUCAGCUAAAAGGUCAUGGGUACAAGGAGCCACUGGGAAUAAACAAUAUUCAUGGACCACACGAAGGACAGUAGAUCUUGGGAUUGGACGAGUAACCCAUUCAUUUUUGAUUAUUCCGGAAUGCCCCUAUCCUUUGCUGGGAAGAGAUUUACUCUCCAAAGUAGGGGCUCAAAUCCACUUUCAGCCAGAAGGUCCCACCAUAACUGAUAAUAAGGGAAGGUUACUUCAAAUAUUGACUAUGAAAUUAGAAGAUGAAUAUAAAUUAUACGAGCAGCCUUCAUCCUCACGAGUUAAUGUUACUGAUUGGGUAACUCGGUUCCCUCAAGCCUGGGCAGAAACUGCCGGAAUGGGGAUGGCCAAAAAUCGGUCCCCGGUGCUAGUGGAACUCAAGGCAACUGCCACCCCAAUAACGGUCCGUCAAUACCCCAUGAGUAGAGAAGCCAAAGACAGUAUCCGUCCCCAUAUACAGAGGCUACUAGACUUGGGCAUCUUAAUAAGAUGUCAAUCAGCAUGGAACACCCCUCUCCUGCCGGUAAAGAAACCAGGAACAAAUGAUUAUCGGCCGGUGCAGGAUCUACGAGAGGUAAACAAACGGGUGGCAGACCUCCACCCCACAGUUCCAAACCCUUACAACCUCCUGAGCACUCUUCCACCUCAACAUACGUGGUAUACUGUUUUGGACCUUAAAGAUGCUUUUUUCUGUUUAAGACUCUCUCCCCUGAGCCAACCCUACUUUGCCUUCGAAUGGAAAGAUCCAACAUCGGGAAUGUCUGGUCAGCUGACAUGGACACGGCUACCUCAGGGAUUUAAGAACUCCCCGACCAUCUUUGAUGAAGCCCUCCAUCAGGAUUUGGCAUUAUAUAGAGAAUCAAAUCCCCAGGUAACAUUACUCCAAUACGUUGAUGAUAUUUUAUUAGCUGCUGAGACCCAAGAAGAUUGUAUCAAGGGUACUGAAAAACUGUUAAUGGAACUUGGAACCCUGGGAUAUAGAGCCUCAGCCAAGAAAGCACAAAUAUGCCAACAACAGGUCAGUUACCUGGGGUAUCUAUUAAAAGGGGGGCAAAGAUGGCUCACGGAGAGCAGAAAGGAUACAGUGGCCCAAAUUCCGGCUCCCAAAAACGCCAGGCAGGUUAGAGAAUUUUUGGGGACGGCCGGAUUCUGUAGACUAUGGAUUCCAGGGUUUGCUGAGCUGGCAGCCCCAUUGUACCCCCUAACCAAAAACAGCACUCCUUUCGUUUGGGGCGAUAAGGAACAACGGGCUUUUGACAAAAUCAAAUGAGCUUUACUUUCAGCUCCAGCCCUAGGACUGCCAGGUGUAACCAAACCUUUUCAUUUAUAUGUGGCCGAAAAUAAGGGCAUUGCAAAAGGAGUAUUGACUCAGAAAUUGGGUCCCUGGAAUCGCCCAGUUGCUUAUUUGUCAAAAAAAUUGGACCCUGUGGCAUCAGGAUGGCCCACCUGUUUAAAGAUAAUCGCUGCAGUGGCCGUUCUAGUCAAAGAUGCUGACAAACUAACUUUAGGACAAAAUCUAACGAUAACAGCUCCUCAUGCCCUGGAAAAUGUAGUCCGUCAACCACCGGAUAGGUGGCUAACUAAUGCCAGGAUGACCCAUUACCAAACCCUGUUGCUAAACUCAGAUCGCAUCAAGUUUGCUCCAGCCACAGGACUCAAUCCAGCCACCUUGCUACCUGAUCCUGACUUGGAAGGCUCCACCAUCAUACAUGAUUGUCAGGAAGUACUAGCCGCAGCACACGGCAGUAGGCCAGAUCUGAUGGACCUGCCCCUCCCUGAUGCUGAUUUCACCUGGUUCACGGAUGGGAGCAGUUUCCUGGAGGAAGGUAAGCGUCGAACUGGGGCAGCCGUGGUAGACGGAAACAAUUCAUGGGCAGCGGCGCUACCACAAGGGACCUCAGCCCAACGAGCUGAAUUAAUUGCCCUGACGAGGGCAUUAGAAAUGGCAGAGAAUAAAAAAGUAAACAUCUACACAGACAGUAGAUAUGCGUUUGCUACCGCUCAUAUCCACGGUGCCAUUUACCAACAGAGAGGGCUACUAACUUCAGGUGGCAAAGAAAUUAAAAACAAAGACGAAAUCGUGGCUUUGUUGACUGCACUCAUGCUUCCUACUAAAGUCAGUAUCAUCCACUGCCCUGGACAUCAAAAAGGAAAUACCCCAAUAAUUAGGGGAAAUAAUAUGGCUGACCAAGUGGCCCGAGAAAUAGCAUCGGGAGAAGUCAUUUUAGGACUGUCAGAUAAAGUUCCUGAAAAACCAGGCCGCGAUGAAGAAAUCAUCCCGGCCACAACAAAAGGAACUUUGUCCCCUCAGCAAGCAGAAUCCAUGUUACAACAGAUGCACAGAUGGACACAUUUGGGGACUAAAAAGAUGGUAGCCUUGUUACAAAAAGCCGGGUACGAAACCCCUGGAAUGACAAAAUUAGCUGAACAAAUUGUGCAGGAAUGCGUCCCAUGUCAACAGGUAAAUGCUCACAAAGGGAAACUUGAAACUGGAAAGACUCGGGGGGACCGCCCAGGAACUUACUGGGAAGUGGACUUUACCGAAGUGCGUCCUGGAAGGUACGGUAAUAAAUACCUUUUAGUUUUUGUAGACACUUUUUCAGGAUGGAUAGAGGCUUUCCCAACAAAGAAAGAAACAGCUGCUGUAGUAGCCAAGAAGAUUUUAGAAGAAAUUUUUCCUCGAUUUGGAGCAUCAAAGGUAAUAGGGUCUGAUAAUGGUCCAGCCUUCGUCGCCCAGGUAAGUCAGGAUGUGGCCAGAUAUUUGGGGACUGAUUGGAAAUUACAUUGUGCCUAUAGACCCCAAAGUUUAGGUCAGGUAGAAAGAAUGAAUAGGACUCUAAAAGAGACCCUAACUAAAUUGUCCUUGGAGACUGGCGGUACCGAUUGGACGGUGCUCCUUCCUUUGGCCCUAUUCCGGGUUAGAAAUACACCUUCCCGAUACCAUCUUACUCCUUUUGAAAUAUUAUAUGGUGCCCCGCCUCCCCUCCUCACUUUAGGAAAAGAAAUAAAACCUGAUUGUCAAAAUAACACUGACUUAUAUGCUAGGCUACUGGGACUCCAAUUGGUCCAGAAAGAAAUAUGGUCCCAACUCGCCAAGGCCUACCAACCGGGAACACCGGGAGAAACUCAUCCUUUCCAAGUCAGAGACUCCGUAUACGUCCGUCGGCAUCGAACCCAGACGUUGGAACCUCGAUGGAAAGGACCAUACACCGUCCUCCUCACCACCCCAAUGGCCAUAAAAGUGGACGGCAUCGCUGCCUGGAUCCAUGCUUCACAUGUGAAGGCUGCACCAGCGACGGCAUCAUCAGGAUGGCGGGCCCAAAGAACCAACAACCCGGUCAAACUCAAGCUUCUACGAACCUAAGACUUAUAAUUUUGGUUUUACUGCCUUUACUGACUGUAAGUGAUUUUAGCCCUCACCUCCCCCAACGUUUAACUUGGCAGGUAAUUUCUCAGACUGGAGAUGUAACCUGGUCCAUUAGUCAUACUGCACCCCCCUGGACCUGGUGGCCAGAUCUUUUUCCUGAUGUUUGUAAAUUGGCUAUAGGAGCACCUUAUUGGGAUACAGAAGAUUCUCAUGAUAUGAACACUGCCCCUUCCAAAGUUUCGGAAACUGAUUGGUUUGGGCCAGGUUGCAAAAAUGCAGGCAAAAGAAUGAUGCUUGGUAUCCUCACUUUCUACGUAUGCCCCGGGUUCCACCGCCCUUGAUCUCUGAAUUAUAAAUGUGGUGGAACUGAAAACUUUUAUUGCAAAAGCUGGGGAUGUGAAACUACCGGGGAUACUAAUUGGAAACCCACCUCAACUUGGGAUUUUAUUACUGUAACGGCUAAUUAUUCUCAUAAUGAGGAUACCGGACACCGGAGUAAAUGUUCAGGAUGGUGUCAUCCCCUUAAAAUUUCCUUUAGUAAUCCCGGAAAAAGAGAUAAAAAAUGGAUAAAUGGUCAUUCUUGGGGCGUUAGAUUUUACAUGAGGGGAUAUGAUUUAGGAAUAUUAAUGACCCUUAAGCUAAAGAUUGAGACUCCUGCUCCUAUAUCAAUAGGCCCAAAUCCCAUACUUGGCCCCCCUUUGCUUCCCCCGGCCCCUUCAACUACGUCAACAAAGAAUGAGACUAAUGAAACCUCUGGAUCCAAAGAACCCACAGUUAAGCCUGGGACUCCUCAGGAUAGGAUGCUUUCUUUGGUGCAGGCAGCCUUUACGGUUCUCAAUGCUACAAACCCAGAGGCUACAAAAUCAUGUUGGCUUUGCUAUGCUGCCCCUCCCCCUUAUUAUGAUGCUAUAGGAUAUAGCUCCAACUAUACUAAUUCUACCUCCUCAGACCAAUGUCGAUGGAAGCGAGAAGGGAACAGUAAAUUAACCCUGUCCUCGGUUUUUGGAAAUGGUACUUAUAUAGGAACACCUCCCCAGUCCCAUAGACACCUUUGUCAUGAUUUUAGCCUCCCUUCAGGCUCAGGAUAUCUUGUACCUCCUCAAGAUGGAUGGUGGACAUGUAACACGGGGCUCACCUCUUGUGUCUCUUUAGAGGUUCUUAAUACUUCAGCUGACUUUUGUGUGUUAGUGCAAUUAGUCCCUAGACUUAUCUACCAUUCAGACUCAUCCUUUUUAAAUGAAUAUGUAGGAAAAACAAAAAACAAAAGAGAACCUGUAACCCUCACAUUGGCUGUCCUUCUAGGACUAGGAAUAUCUGCCGGGAUAGGAACAGGAACCACAGCCCUCAUACAACAACCCCAGUAUUAUGCAAGUUUAAGACAGGCUGUAGACAUCGACCUUCGAGCAUUAGAAAGUUCCAUAACUCAACUAAAGGAAUCACUCACCUCACUUUCAGAAAUGGUGUUGCAGCCUAGAUUUGCUGUUUCUUAAGGAAGGGGGAUUAUGCGCCGCUCUAAAAGAAGAAUGUUGCUUUUAUAUUGAUCAUUCAGGAACCAUUACCAAAACCAUGGAUAAACUAAGGGAACGCUUAGAUAAAAGGCAAAGGGAGAGAGAGAACGAAAAAGGAUGGUUUCAAUCAUGGUUUGAUAAGUCCCCCUGGUUUACCACCUUAAUCUCUACUCUGUUGGGACCUCUUAUUGUUUUAUUGUUUAUUUUAACUUUUGGACCAUGUGUUCUAAAUCGCCUGAUAGCAUUUAUUAGAGAACGUAUCAGUACUGUACAAGUUCUAAUGUUAAGACAACAGUACCAAAGUUUACGAACAGAAGGUUGAGAUUCCAUGAUUGGAAUCAAUAGUCACAAGAAAAAGGGGGGAAUGUGGGACUCGAGGGACAUUGUUCCAGCUAAUGAUUAAGAACUCUCCAGACAAUAGGGGCUUCUUAGACAAUGGGUGAAUUUCCAGGAUGUCCGGCCCCCUUCCGAGAAGGAGGGAGAUAACAAAAUGUAAAAAAGGUGUCUGUCAAAGACCAAUCAGGCAGCUGGGGACAAGUUCCCUCUCUGGUCCGAGCCUAAGCCGGGACCAAUCAGCAGGAGAACACAACCAAAUCUAUAAUUUACAUACGGGGAAGUGGGAACCUAUAAAACUGACAUAUUUGCGCCCAAAAGGGUUCCUUCUUCGACCUCCUGCGUGAGGACCAAGGAACCCCGGUGCACCGGCCUUCAAUUUGCGUUUUGCAUCGACUUCCGACUCUUGUUGUUUCCUGGGCGAGUCGAAACUCCUAGGAGACCGCGCAGGUCUAACAGCAGCACUUUUCUACAUAGGGGAAGAUACAAGAGUCUGGGCUCACUGAAAGCAUUCCUUUGAUAUGCACCUUAGCUAUCUAGGGUCAGAAUCGUGUUCUUUCCCAUCCUGAGUCCCCUCUGGGUGCACCAUGGGGGGCGGCUGUAGUGGCUGAGGGCUUGAUGGUGGGCUUCCUGUUUUUAUCUUGAGUUCCCUCAGGGCUCAGCACUGGGGGCAGCUGUAGUGGCUGAUGGCUGUUGUUCACUGAUGGCAGGUGGCAUCCUUAGUCCACAGCUUCAUAAGUAUUUUUAAAAAGUUAGGUAUUUCCUUUGAAGUCCUAUUUGUUUAUUAUUUAGUUGCAUUUUGGUUUGUUUCUUUUGUUGUUUAUUUGGGAUCCAGUUAACAUCAAGUGUUCCAUUUACUAAACAUGAUAUAAUUUCUUUUCUGAUUUGAGAAUACCUUAUAGAUAUCAUACCCUUUUCCAGUCAAAUUCUUCAGUGUAUUUUCCUAAAAACAAUGAUUCUGCCUCAUUACCAUAGUAAUCAAAAUCAGAAAAUUAACUAAUUAGUACUAUUU